AUGCAUCCACAGUUCCUAAUCACGGUCCCAAUAACUCCUGAACAGGCUGCUUCAAUACAAGACACCGCAAACGCCCUCGUUGUGCACGAUUCUGUCAUAUAUGGACCUCGCAGCACGCAGUGUGGCGCUCGCUUCGCCAUCCGAGUGUUGUGGCAAUUGUACAUCACAGUUUUGCGAGAGAACCUGUCGACUACACAAUGUCAGCAGUACCUACAUGCAAAAUCGCAACAAAUCGUCGAAGCAAUGUUGCAUCAUACCCAGUUUUUGUCUUCAAAAAUAAUUGGUAGGAAGCAAAUACUUGCUGAGAUACAAGCCAUUCAAGAAAUCUACUGA